AACGGUGUCCAGGCAUCGCAACGCUUAGAAGGCAUACAGAACACCGAGAUCCGUUCUUCAUCCGACGCGCUGAUUACGGUGCAUCACGCAGCCGCGUUACGGAGCGGAUCUCCUAUCCGCAGCAUCCUCCUCGUUGAGCGUCGCCGCGGCUACGUAAGCGGAUAAUUACCAACCGAAAAUACGUUAGGAAGUCAAUCAAGCUUGAUCUUCUGCUUGGCAUCCUUGUAGCAGAAUGAAGCUAUGCUGGAGUUUGGCUCUCGUGGCCGUCGCCUUGUUGAUGAUUCUUACGAAUGCACGAGCGGAAGCUGAUCUGUGGGAGGAGGAUGACAAGGAGGUGCUUGUGCGGACAGUACGUGGUACUAAGGAACGAACAUCCGGCAGCUCCUCGUCGUGCAGAUACGUAAAGGGUCAAUGGUCGGAAUGCGACUCAAAUACCAACACGCGGUCGCGCACUCUGAGUCUCAAGAAGGGCGACAAGUCCUGCGAGCAGACCAAGACUAUACAGAAGAAGUGUAAGAAAGCAUGUCGAUACGAGAAAGGCACGUGGAGCGGAUGCGCGAAUCAGAUGAUGACGAGAAUCGAUAAUUUGAAAGCGAACAGCGAUACAUCCUGCGAGAAGACGCGACGGCUCACCAAGAGGUGUAAACCAGAGACCAACACCAAGAAAUCUGCCAAAGGUGAUCGAUCGAACAAGAAAUCGGGCAAGCAGUAAUUAUCCGCCACACAAUCUCCAAUCAUUUCUUCUAAUCGGGCAACGAAAGCGCACUUUCAUCUCUACGAUCCCCCACCUUCUUUCGAUCCCUUUUCGCUAAUUAAUUGCGAGGCAGAGCACAAAUUUGGAUCGAUCGUCGAUCGAUACGUUUAUCAUAUAUACUGCCUAGGAAUCAUUUGCAUUUUGGAUGCAGACGCGUACCGCGUAACUGUAAACCGUUUUCAAAGUGCGCUGCCGUCGAUUAAUUAUUGUUAAUAAUUACGAAAUAGGGCAUACGUUUCGGUGAUCACAUCUGUUCUCGGCAGUAACUCGGUUAUUAAUCCUUCCAGGGUUUCCUUAUGCUAUUGUAUUACUAUUAAUUAAUAAUAAUUUAUAUCAGGUGUAUGUUAGGCGUAAAUUUUGACAAAAACUUAAAUGUUUUGACAAUUUCAACUUCCGAGUAAACAUAUUAGAUUGGUUACAUCUAAAGCAGGUCCGAGUUUGUAUGGAAAAUAUCAUGUUCGUAAGCGUAUGCCUGUCGAAGAGACUCUUCUAUCUAACCCAUUGACAUAAUUUGCAACGAGUUCCCCUGUAGAGGAGUUAUUGAUCGUAUAAAGGUAUUCUAAAAAUGGACGAUGGCGAGAUCUUGGAGGGUUAAGCCGCGCGAUCAACCGAAGAAUUGAUUGGGAACCGAUACGUAACAUGUUCGAGAUGACGAAAGCUGAACAGGGCCGAUCGUCUAGAGUCUAGACACAUAGUGAUGCAGUUUGUGCAUUGAAUUUUCGCGAAUUUGACACUCGUAUCCCUCGAUGCGAAAUUUUUUCAUGACUUGUGAAUUCGGAUAUUUAAAGAUCUGUAAGGAUUCAGGAGUUAGUUUUCUUAGCGUGUUCUUGCAAAAUCUGCACCACUGGUUGUUUGAUUAAUGAGCGUAGCACACAUCAUAGAGCUCCCUGACUAGCAGCAGCCGCCAUUUCGGAGGUUCGCAGAGGAUAAGAUCAUCCGCCAAAGUUGUUCUCUCGUCUUCCCGCAGCGAUAUUAUAUUAUUAAUAUUAUUAAUAUUAUUGUUUAUCACACAAGAAGCAGCAGCGACCCCCAUUUGACUUAGCUGCUGAUCCACUUAAAAUCAUGUACAAUAUUUGUCAUACUAAACAGCUUUCAUUCGAUUGUCACAUAAAUAUACAAUGUUCGGUGUUCAAAGUAACUGUGUCCUGUAUCAUAUAACAUGCGCGAGAUAUUCCGACAAUUAUUACGCCGUCGCGAAGGUUCAUCAGUUUAAACAAGGAUGCUCGAAUAAGAAGCAUUCGUCCUGUGUGGUAUCUUCAAAACGGUCAUGAUGAAUCAAAAAUGAUGAAAUCAAAAAACGAACGAUCAAACGAAACACAUCAAAAUAACAUUUAUCGAGAGAAUUAAAAUAAAAUGCGAAAAAAAUAUACUAUAUAUUAUUUAGCACAGAAUGUUCGCGCGAGCCUAAUGAAUUUAUCCGGAAUCUUCCGCGCUCCUCUCGGCAGGACGUCGUCACUUCCGAUGUUAAUAUUCGCAAUUAACGUUAUAAUAAUAUUGUAUCAAGUGAUAACUGGCAAUUAUGGAAACUCGCCAAUGAGCAUGAAAAUCAAACUGAAAUAACUCGUCGUCUCGUCAAACAUGCACGCUCGCGCGUGCAGGAAAGAGAGAGAAAGAGAAAAAGAGAGAUAAAUCACUGGAUAUCUUUUCGACGCUACAAAAAUCAAAUCCCUCCUCCCUGCAUACAAGAUUGUAAUUCGUUUUUAAGUCUAGAUGUAUAACCGGAGGGCUCGUCGAUGACAAGAAGUUAAGCUGUUUGCGCGUUUGGUAUUACACGCGAGUGCGAGUUGCGUCGUGCGGAUGUGUCUCGCAAGAAUGCAUAGGGGUAGAUGAGACCCGAGGAAAGAGUAUUUUUCACAUA